AUGGUUCUCCAAGAGCCAAUGACAAGCGAUGUGAUUGGCUGGUCCUGCUUGGCCCUCGAUGAACCUCAAUUCAGGCCGGCUGCCACCUCUUUAACCUCACGAGCAGACAGAAAGCCGCCGUCCUUCAACCGUCAAUCGGCCGCCAAAAUGCUCUUUUCAACACGUUCGAGUUUACGCCUCCUAACGGCACGGUCGACGCGCUUCGUUUCCCGGGCCAAUUACUCCUCGACUAACCCCCGUCUCACCGAAAGAUCCGAAAAUGCCAUCCCGACAAACGAUCCCAACCCGCAAAAGAGGGUAACGAGCAUAUCGGAGACCAACACAGUGCCAUUGGAUUCUAUGGGCGGACAAGAUGCUCCGUUGCAGGAGUCGGUGGAGCAAGCAAGCGCGGAACUCCAGAUGCAGGCUCCAAAUAGAGCGACCACCUGGGCCAGGAGCCAGCAGCCGAGGGAGUUGGCCAUGUCUGGCCCAAGAUUCGAGCAGACUAUCAUGGACUAUCAGCCACGCCCGUAUGCUGCUAUCGAACUGAUCCACAAACAACCUGUGAGAUGGACCAAAGAGAGGGUCGUUUCUUGUGAUGGUGGUGGCGGGCCACUGGGCCACCCGAAGAUCUUCAUCAACACUGAUAAGCCUGAGAUCGCAGUCUGUGGAUACUGCGGGCUUCCUUUCGCCCAUGAACAUAACCGCAAGUUCCUAGAAUCUCUUCCACACACCCCAUAUCCAUUAAAGCCACUCGGAGACCCAGCAGAAGUUCCUGAAUCCCAGCGGGUUACAGAGGGAGGGUUCGAGCAGCGAUAGUUAAAUUGUAUAGACAAAUACCAGCCUAUUUCUGUGUCUAUCCGCGCCUGACUCAAUUAUCCCCUACUCCUAUUGACUAAACAUGAUAGAAAUGACUUUUGACCGGGUCGAGGGCUGAUAUUGUUCUUCCACCGAUAUCUUCUUUUCGAAAAGAUUAUAUUGUACAAAUAUUGGUUUAUGUUGAAGAAAAAACAGUUCAUUUAUUCAGCAUUGACAAUGCUCUGUCCAAAAACUUCUGGCUCGAAUGGGCCGGUGAUACUUUCGAAUUCUAGAACCAAUAGCUCCUGUCCAACCUCUGGCAAUUGGAUCCGACGCAAAUCCUCAUUUCUCUAAUAGCACCGUGCAGCCUGUCUAUCUGCAUCAUGAUAAUAUGGACAACUAAGAAUACCUAUCUCCUAACGACCAUUAGUCCAACCUCAAAGGUCUAAAAUUGAAGUUUCACCAUUCCUCGGUUGGGACUGGUAUUAUUGUGCGAGUCUAUUCC